GUCAACUCACAGCACAUCACCAAAAUUUUUCUGUGCUUCGAAGAAAAUCUUUAAAAAAUGACUGAAGUAGAAAUCCCCUUAAAGCUUCAACUGGGUCCUCGCCCUGACGUCACCUACCCCGUCAUUGUCACAUAUUGCGGAAAUUGCGGUUUGCCCGUCGAAUACUGCGAAUUCUAUCCGGAAUAUGCCAAGUGCAAAGUUUGGUUGGAGAAAAAUCUCCCGAAUGAAUUUGAAAAGCUGCAACUCGAUGGCGCAGCAACUUCUUCCGGCGCAGGAGCUGAUGGCGAAGGCGACGACGACAAAAAACGACAAAAACGCGGCGGCAAAGGAAUCAUCAAGACGAAGAAAAAGGACGAUCUCCCGAAGAAAUUGUGUCUGUCUCGUGCUCCGAGAGGCAAGAAAAAGUCCGUAACAGUCGUGGUUGGGCUGGGAUCCUUCGGAAUUGAUUUAAAAGUAGCGGCGAAAUAUUUCGGAAGCAAAUUCGCAUGCGGAGCUUCCGUAACGGGAGACGACGAAAUUGUCAUCCAAGGCGACGUCAAAGACGACUUGUUCGAUGUGAUUCCGGAAAAAUGGCCCGAAAUCGACGAAGACUUCAUCGAAGAUCUGGGAGAUCAGAAACGCUAAAAAAUUUUGUAAAAAAUUAAAAAAAAAUAAAAAAAUCGAAUUUUUAUUCAAAACAUU